UAGCAGUUUGCACUAAAGGUCUCUCAUUUUUAAAUGAAUCAGAAUUAUCUAGUCGAUGGAUGGCUGAAUGGAUUGAAUUACAGAGAGCUUUAGGUGCUUCGUCCAUUGGUGUUUAUAUUUAUUGGGUACCUGAUAAUGUCCGAAAAUUAAUUGAAAAAAUCUCUGAAAGAAAAAGAGUUGAUUUGAUGAAUUUGGAAUUACCCGGAAAUUCACCAAAUCAACCAAUGAGCCAACAGAAUUUUAUUUUGAGAAAUAGACAGCAAAAACGACGUCAUGAAUUAAUUCCAUUAAAUGAUUGUUUUUAUAGGUAAUUAAAAAUUUAAGAAUAUUUGAUGGUAAAUAAUGAUAAUGAUAAGAAAAUAGGCAAUGAGUAAGACAGAGUAGAAGUAAAGGAAAAGUAAGACAGAGUAGAAGUAAAGGAAAAUUUACCCCUGAUUUAAGAAAAGUGGUUAUUAAUAGUUGAUGGUUCCGGUUUAAUAAAAACGUUCCAUAAAACUGAGAACACUGCUGCAGAUUUGGGACCUUGG